AUGUCAGGCAAACUUUCAACUCUAGUGUCGACUCUAUCCUUCCGCUUCCGUCUCCAAAGAAGCAGUACGCUGGCAUACGCCAAAGUUAACGCGGAAGCUACACCUAUCCCUAUCCCUGCUUUUGCCCCUGUCGAAAGACUGCUACCUAUGUUCAGCGCACUCAUUGGUAAGUUUGCUGAAACAAUGCCACCUAAGUUUGGAUCCAUAGUAGGUGACCCUGCCGGAAUGAAUUGGGAUGCAGGCAUUAAAAGGUUAAGGGAUGGGGAAGACGAGACUGUGUGGCUGGAUGAGAUUGGACAAUCACUCGUCUGUGCCGUUAUGUAG